AGGAGUAUUUUGUUGGGGUGGUUGGGGGCAGAAUUUCAACAACUCUCUGUACCCAAAGUUCUGAUAUAGUAAUCAUACAAACUUCCUUUCAGCGUCACCUCUCCCCAUUUUGUCAUUUCUAAUUUAUUUUGCCCAACUCAUUCUAUGUUUGUUUGUUUUUUUUUUUUUUUUGAUAACAAAAAAUCAAGAUCCAGAUAUCCAAAUCUACCUCCUUAAAAUGCACAUAAGUGCUUUAACACUUUUUUUUUCUCUCCCCAUUCCCCCAAGAGUACAAAUCUAGCUUAACACAAUUGUAUUGCUUUGUAAUGCUAAUCAGAGCUGUAGUUUUAUGAGGUUUGAGUACAGUGAGUGACAAGGGCAUCACAGGUUCUAUACUGUUGUGUGUGAGUUCAAACCAUUUUCCAAAGUGUUACUAAUGGUAAAGAGCAAUUUUCUAGGCUGCUUUUCUGCCGGUUGAAGUCUGACUGCAGAUGGACCCUUGGCACUGAAAGUGUACGUAAAAUAGUUUCAAUUAUUAAUUACCACAUUAUAUAUGUAAUGCUUAACGACGGUACAAUCUAUUAACAUAAUUUAACACUUUAUAUUUCAUUGGUUUUUGGUUAAAAACGAACACCAUGUGACCUCAUCGAUUGGACUGAGCAACUGCUGAUGCCUUUAGUAUUUCUAAUGCCUUUAGCAACUACUAAUGCCUAUAUCGAGGAGGCGCACUGCAAAGUUGCUCUUAAGACUCGUUCUUACAAGUGAGUUCGGGAAAACCAUGUACAGAGACAACGUUCGUUGCUUAAGAGUGUCUUUAAACUCGCUCUUUCGCUCUAAAGUGCGUUAUCGGGAAACCUGCCCAUGACCUGAUAACUGAUAAAGAAACAGACGGGAGACCGCUUCCACAGGAUUCACCCGAACCGAGCCUCAACUUUGUGAGCUGCUUUGAUUUUCCGGGGUGAGGCGUUCCCACUUAUCCUCAGUUGCUUUUUUUUUUAAUUUUUUUUUUAUUAUAAAUUAAUCCAAUCUGCGUGCACACUGAUUAUAAGCCCUAGUGUCAUUUACAGCAUAGCGGGAUGUUGAUAGUUUGACAACCCGGUUUACACUGAGAUUCGAUUUCUUUUCGCUUCCUCCCCCCAAAAAAAAACCAACCAAACAAAAAACCUAUUGUAUAGCUGCGUGGAUUGAAUUUCUCGGGUUUUGAAACUGGAUGCCGACAGAAACCCGUUUUCCGUUUCAGAAUGGCAGUUCCAUUUCGGACAAGCGAUUCCGCGAUUUCCACGUUUUUUCUGUGAUCGCAGAAAAUCAUCAUCCCGACCCUUGGCACUGAAAGUGGGGCAAAACGCCAGAUCCCAAGAUGCCUGCCAGGUCAUAUAUGGAUGUGAUGAAGGAGCAGCAUCUUUCUAAAGAAGAGAGAGAAAUCAGGCUGCAGAUGGCAGAAAAGGCAAAAUCAGGUGACCUGAAAGCAGUCAAUGACUCUGCUGCGUCUCAAGCUGCUGCUCCCAAACGCAAGCGUCGGUGGGACCAGACUGCUGACCAGACCCCAAACGCUACUCCAAAAAAAGUGUCCAGCUGGGAUCAGGCAGAUGGCACAGUAGAGACACCAGGACAUACACCUGGACACACACCUUCAAACAGUCGCUGGGAUGAGACACCUGGUCGUCCCAAGGGUAGCGAGACUCCUGGAGCCACCCCCAGUUCACGCAUGUGGGAACCCACACCCAGCCACACUCCUGCUGGCGCUGCAACUCCUGGCCGAGAUACUCCUGGGCACGCCACACCCGGCCAUGGAGGUGCCACGUCAAGCGUGCGCAAAAACCGCUGGGACCUGACACCAAAGACAGACAGAGAGACACCUGGCCAUGGCAGUGGCUGGGCUGAGACUCCUCGUACAGACAGAGGGGAUGAGUCUGUAGGAGAGACCCCAACUCCUGGAGCAAGCAAAAGAAAGUCCCGUUGGGAUGAGACUCCUACCAGUCAGAUGGGCUCCUCCACCCCUCUGCUCACCCCUGGAAAGACCCCUAUUGGCACACCAGCUAUGAAUAUGGCCACACCCACUCCAGGUCAUUUGAUGAGCAUGACUCCUGAGCAGCUUCAAGCAUGGCGCUGGGAGAGAGAGAUUGAUGAACGAAACCGCCCAUUGACUGAUGAGGAGCUGGACGCCAUGUUUCCAGAAGGCUACAAGGUGCUGCCCCCACCAGCAGGCUACGUGCCCAUCCGCACUCCUGCCCGUAAGUUAGCUGCCACCCCAACACCCAUCGGCGGCAUGACUGGCUUCCACAUGCAAGCUGAAGACCGAACCACCAAACAGAUGAAUGACCAGCCAUCUGGUAACCUGCCUUUCCUAAAACCAGAUGACAUCCAGUACUUUGACAAACUUCUGGUGGAGGUGGACGAGUCCACUCUGAGUCCAGAGGAGCAGAAGGAGCGCAAAAUCAUGAAGCUGCUGCUUAAAAUAAAAAAUGGCACCCCUCCCAUGAGGAAGGCUGCUCUCAGGCAAAUCACAGACAAGGCCAGGGAAUUUGGUGCUGGACCUCUUUUCAAUCAGAUUCUGCCCCUGCUUAUGUCUCCAACUCUUGAAGAUCAGGAGCGUCAUCUGUUGGUGAAGGUCAUUGACCGCAUCUUGUACAAACUGGAUGACCUGGUUCGACCUUAUGUCCACAAGAUCCUUGUGGUGAUCGAACCCUUGUUGAUUGAUGAAGAUUACUAUGCUAGAGUAGAGGGUAGAGAGAUAAUCUCCAAUUUGGCAAAGGCUGCUGGUCUGGCCACAAUGAUCUCCACAAUGAGGCCUGAUAUUGACAACAUGGACGAGUAUGUGAGAAACACAACAGCUCGUGCCUUUGCUGUUGUGGCAUCUGCUUUGGGUAUUCCCUCCCUCCUGCCUUUCCUCAAAGCUGUGUGUAAGAGCAAGAAGUCGUGGCAGGCUCGACACACAGGCAUUAAAAUUGUGCAGCAGAUUGCCAUCCUCAUGGGUUGUGCCAUCUUGCCUCAUCUCCGCAGCUUGGUGGAGAUUAUUGAACAUGGUCUCGUCGAUGAACAGCAGAAAGUGCGAACCAUCAGUGCUUUGGCCAUUGCUGCUCUUGCCGAGGCUGCCACACCCUAUGGUAUCGAGUCUUUUGACUCUGUGCUCAAGCCUCUUUGGAAGGGUAUCAGACAGCACCGAGGCAAGGGUUUGGCUGCUUUCUUAAAAGCUAUUGGGUACCUGAUUCCGCUUAUGGAUGCUGAGUAUGCCAACUACUAUACAAGGGAAGUGAUGCUGAUCCUCAUUCGAGAGUUCCAGUCUCCAGAUGAGGAAAUGAAGAAGAUUGUCCUGAAGGUGGUGAAGCAGUGCUGUGGGACAGAUGGUGUGGAGGCCAAUUACAUCAAAACAGAGAUUCUGCCCCCUUUCUUUAAACACUUCUGGCAGCACCGUAUGGCCUUGGACAGACGUAACUACAGACAGUUGGUAGACACUACAGUAGAGCUGGCCAACAAAGUUGGUGCAGCAGAAAUCAUCUCAAGAAUUGUGGACGACUUGAAGGAUGAAGCUGAGCAGUACAGAAAGAUGGUGAUGGAAACGAUAGAGAAGAUCAUGGGUAACUUGGGUGCAGCAGAUAUUGACCACAAACUAGAGGAGCAGCUUAUUGAUGGCAUCUUGUAUGCUUUCCAAGAACAGACCACUGAGGACUCUGUGAUGCUGAAUGGUUUUGGAACAGUGGUGAAUGCUCUGGGCAAGCGAGUUAAGCCAUACCUGCCUCAGAUCUGUGGUACUGUCCUGUGGCGUCUCAACAAUAAGUCGGCCAAAGUCCGUCAGCAGGCUGCUGACCUCAUUUCUCGCACAGCUGUGGUUAUGAAGACUUGUCAAGAGGAGAAGCUGAUGGGUCAUUUGGGUGUAGUGCUGUAUGAGUACCUGGGAGAGGAAUACCCUGAAGUGCUUGGAAGCAUCCUUGGAGCUCUUAAAGCUAUUGUUAAUGUCAUUGGUAUGCACAAGAUGACGCCUCCAAUUAAGGAUUUACUUCCUCGAUUGACACCAAUCCUGAAAAACAGACAUGAAAAGGUGCAAGAAAACUGCAUUGAUCUCGUGGGCAGAAUUGCUGACAGAGGUGCAGAGUACGUGUCUGCCAGGGAGUGGAUGCGAAUCUGUUUCGAACUGCUGGAGCUGCUGAAAGCUCACAAGAAAGCAAUCCGCCGAGCCACAGUCAACACUUUUGGCUACAUUGCUAAGGCAAUCGGACCUCAUGAUGUGCUUGCUACACUGCUUAACAACUUGAAGGUUCAGGAGCGUCAAAACAGAGUCUGUACAACAGUAGCGAUAGCCAUCGUGGCAGAAACAUGCUCACCCUUCACCGUACUCCCAGCACUGAUGAACGAGUACCGCGUACCUGAACUGAAUGUUCAGAAUGGUGUGCUCAAAUCCCUCUCCUUCUUAUUUGAAUAUAUUGGUGAAAUGGGCAAGGAUUACAUCUAUGCUGUCACCCCAUUACUGGAGGAUGCUCUGAUGGACAGAGACCUUGUGCACAGGCAGACAGCCUGUGCUGUCGUGCAACAUAUGUCUCUCGGUGUGUACGGGUUCGGUUGUGAGGACUCCCUCAACCACUUGCUCAACUACGUUUGGCCUAAUGUUUUUGAAACAUCACCACAUGUUAUCCAAGCCGUAAUGGGAGCCCUUGAGGGACUUCGUGUGGCUAUCGGACCAUGCCGGAUGUUACAGUAUUGCCUGCAGGGUUUGUUCCAUCCAGCACGGAAGGUUCGUGAUGUGUACUGGAAGAUUUAUAAUUCCAUCUACAUUGGCUCCCAGGAUGCGCUGAUUGCACAUUAUUCCCGUGUCCCCAAUGAUGAGAAUAACCCAUAUGUCCGCUCUGAGCUGGAGUACUUUCUGUGAUUACAUUUAAACUUGUGCACUCUUUUUUUUUUUUUUUUUUUUUUUUUGUCUCUUAAGGUUUUAUUUUUUAUUUUUUAAUUCUUAUAGAUAUGGUUAUAGUACUUGGUCCAUUUAUUUUUAAUUGUGUUGAUUUGCAGCUUCAUCUCCCACACAUGCUUGGGGUUUGCAAAUAUGUUUUAAAUUAAAGUACAGACCAUUAAAAAAAAAGGAAA